AUGUUUGAAACUGACCAAAUAGAUGGAAUACUUCCGGAGGAGAUAUAUGAAAACCAUUUAUCCGUUAACAGUAAGUCAUGUUUGCAGCAAUACAAACUUUCAUUACGCAGUUCGUCAAAUGUGGCCUCUAAUGACUUGCUCAAGUGUGCUUGGAAGAGAAACGGCGAGCUGUUCAAUGGUAAAGCAAAGGACCACAUUCUUAAAACUGUCAAUUCACUGGUACAGAAUGUUGACACAAGUCAAAUAAAGACAUGGAAAACUUGUUUAAGCCAAUUAGAUGCGGAAUCAAUGUUUCAACAAUCUUUGCCAUCAUGUGCACAAUGUCCAGCUACAAGUUAUUCCAACUUGGAUAAAUUUAUAAACAACAAAUGUAAGUGUGACUUAGGUAUAGUAAACAAUAUGGAAAGAGCCAGUAAGGAAACCAUAGACACAAAAGGCAAUUCUCUAUUUGUUAGAAAUUUUAAUUCACAACACUCAAGCCAAGAGUCCAAAUCUGAUGAUGACAAACAGAUUUUCAAACCAAGGUUUGGGCGACAAAAGAAUGCAAACAAAAAUAUUGUUCAGCCAAUAACGAGUACUCCUGCUUUGGUUGAAGAAGUAGAUUUUGAUAAGGAAGAAGAUGAAAACAAAGCACAUAGAAGUAAUGUGGCAAAGAUAACAUUUAAAACAGCCAAUGAACAGUUGCUGGCUUCAAAUCCAGCUACCAAGAGGACCCUAGGAACUUCGAGGAAAGCUCAAGCUAAAUUUGUAUCUCCUAUGAUCGGAGCUCAAGAUAAACAAGAAAGUGUUGAGCCUACUGUGACAGAUGAAAGACUCAAACAUAUUGAUCCCAAGAUGAUAGAGCUGAUUGAGAGUGAAAUUAUUGAUAAAGGAACUCCUAUAGGUUGGGACGACAUAGCAGGUUUACACCUUGCGAAGUCAGUGAUACAAGAGGCGGUAGUGUGGCCUCUACUCCGCCCAGAUAUAUUUACAGGGCUGAGGCGACCACCCAAAGGGAUUCUGUUGUUUGGACCGCCGGGAACUGGAAAGACCUUAAUUGGCAAGUGUGUGGCCGCGCAGUGCAACGCUACUUUCUUCAGCAUAUCGGCGUCCUCGCUCACGUCCAAGUGGAUCGGUGACGGAGAGAAGAUGGUGCGCGCGCUCUUCGCCGUUGCUAGAUGCCAUCAGCCUGCUGUUAUAUUUAUAGACGAGAUCGACUCGCUAUUAACACAGAGGAGUGAUACAGAACAUGAAGCCACCAGGAGGAUCAAGACCGAGUUCUUGGUGCAGUUCGAUGGUGCAGCUACAGGUGAUGAAGACCGUCUCCUAAUAGUAGGUGCUACCAACCGUCCUCAAGAGUUAGAUGAAGCUGCGAGGAGAAGACUUGUUAAGCGCCUCUACAUACCACUGCCUGACGCUGGCGCUCGUCAGCAGAUAAUAACGAAUCUGCUAAAGAACGAAAACAACGAGCUGACGUUGCAACACAUAGCCGAGGUGGCCGGCCUCACGGAGGGGUACUCGGGCGCUGACAUGCGCUCCCUCUGCUCCGAGGCAGCCAUGGGACCUGUCAGAUCUGUUCCUCUUUCGCAAAUCGUCAGCAUUGAUAGGAAUAAGGUACGCCCUGUGAAUUUUCAAGAUUUUGUCAACGCUCUACAACGAGUGAAGCCUAGUGUAUCGCAAGACGAUUUGGGACAAUAUGUUAAAUGGAAUAAAACUUAUGGCCAAGGUUUUUAG